GAGCGGGUGAUCUAGUCAUUCACUUUGUUUCUGCUACAUUUGUUCGAUUCCUGCCUGAAAAUGUCGUCUCUGGUCUUCGUCUUGAUCUUGUCGAGCAUAAACUUGGCGGCGAGUGGAGAUCCUAACGAGCCUCAGGAAUGGGAUUCGACUACACAAGAAAUGUGGGAAGGCAAUGACACCUUGAUUGACACUGUUCCUGCUGGAUGCCGGCCCCCACUUCGCAUACUCGAUAUAUGGAUUCCACCUAAGCAUUGUUGCCCUGCAAUCUCUAAGUGCGCAACCUUGUAUAAUGGAGAUUGCCAGCCGUGGUACCAGAGCUCCUGGAGAUGUGACUACAAGUACUUUGGUUACUGUCAACAUCACAGGUUCUGCGUCUGCUGUGUCGAUUGUGAAAAAGGUGACAAUAAUUCAGUGUGUGGAAAGUUGGGUGGGGCUUGCAGGAAGAAGUGUUAUACUUACGAGUAUGAGAAUUUAAUGCAACAAUGUCACAAGAAAGGAUGCAAAUGCUGCAAAAAAUGUAGACCAUCACCCAGGUGUAAGAAAAAUAACGCUGAUUGGACCGCUCGCUGUGUGAGCCACAGAUGUUUCUGCUCUAAAUUCUCUUACAUCAGCAAAGAUCCUUGCUACGGUGACGGAUGCUUGUGUUGUAAGCGAUGUAGAAUAACGAAAAGGUGCAAACAUGCUGGCGGCUACUGUAUCAGGGCAGGAGAAUGCUGUGCUCCAGGAUACUCUCCCAAACGCUGCGGCUGUACGUCGAGAAGAUGCUCGUGCUGUGUACCGGAUAAGAAGGCAGUUGCAGGAUUCUGCUCACCGAUUAUUGUUGAUUCAUUCUCUAGUGGUUGAAGUCGUCGUCAUUGGACUGAACUUUAUCUGAGGCUGAUGGUUGUAUGUAAAUUGACAAAUGCAGUAAUAUAAUAUAAUA